AUGCUAAGAAGAAGUGUUAAUAUACCUAUAAGUAAGAGACUAUUGAGAAGUUACCCAGGUGGUACACAAACUUUGAACGGAUUUGAGAAGUUUAAUCAAAGAGAACAAGCCAAAGAGAACUAUUUCAUUAGAAAACAUGAAAAAGAACAAAUGGAAGAACAAGUAAAGCAAUACAAGGAACAGAUUAAACAUUUGAACAGUAAGAUCGAUGAGAUUGAAAAAGAACAUGCUAAGAAAUCUCAGAAAUAA